UGAUUUAUUCCUCCCCCUACUUCGUGCAGAUUUUGAAAAAAUGUCCUCAGAAGGAGCAGAAAGUGUAGUUGGGAGUGAGGUGAUGCCCCUGGACUAUGGGAGCAUGGACGCAGAGAGUAGUCCAUCUCCAACGGUAGAGGGGGUGAGAGGAGAUGAGGGGGUGGAGGUUGGGGAGAGAGAGGUGGUAGAGGUGGGGAGGGAUGAGGUGGUAGAGGUGGGGAGGGAUGAGGUGGUAGGGGUUAGGGUAGAUAGCAUACCUAUCACCGUAGUAGAAGUAGAGGGUAGAGGAGAGAGGAAUUACGAUGUGAAUGCAGAAAUAGUGGAGGAGGUGAAGCAAUACAGAUCUGAGCUAAGGACCAGGGAUAGCCUGGGUCACUUAAUAGAAAAUUACAAAAUCUCGUCUCGAGUGUUAGUUAGGCUAACUGGGGUAGAGGAGAGGGCAUGCUCUGCUCCUCGGGAUCACUGGAUGCCUGUGUAUUCCCACUAUUUGAUAGCGGGACUCAGGUUUCCACUUCCUGAGUUGCUAAUAGGUUUACUAUUAGAUUACAACAUAGGGUUGACACAGCUGGUCCCCAACGCAAUGAGGGGGGGAAGUAGGAGGGAUAAGGGGCGGUAUUAUUUCACCCCCAGGGUAGCUAAGAAGGAAAGUAGGAUUUUAUUCACUGCAGGUCUUUCAUCCAUUAAGGGAUGGAAGGAAAAAUUCUUUUUUGUGGAUGAUACGGAGUGGGGGAAGGGGGAUACCGAGGUGAGGGAGUUAGCCUCCUGGAAGGCCAAAAGGGCAAACCAGAAUAGGUUUAGCUUAAAUGAAGAUGAGGAGGAAGAAGUGAGGAAGUUGGUGAGGAAAGGGGGAGAUGUGUUGAAUAUCAUGGACCUCACCAGUGUAGCAUGCAUAGAAGCUGCUGAGCUCUAUGGGCCAAGCGCUUUGAGUGAAGCUGAAAUGGACCAGUUUUUAAAUACUGCUGGAGGAGCGCCCAUCCCCAAGAAGCCAAGGAAGAAGUCAAAGACUUUGACCAAGCAAGUGGAUGAGGGGAGGGCUGGGAAGGAGAUGAAGAAGCAGAAGGUGGUGGAGGAGGAUGAGGGGGAUGAGGUUCCUAAGUUCGUACCUCAACCUUCUCCUGUUGAGCUGGACCCUGAGCUCAGACAGUUGGAGGAGGGGGCUGAGGUACGAGCUCCUGAUAAAGGGAAGGGGCCUAUUCCCCCACUGGGGCCUCAGAGCAGCUUGUUCGAGGCAAAGAACAUAACGGGGGCCAGGUGGUUCAUCAACAACACCUUCCUCGAGGUGGACCAAAGCAACGCGCGGCAGGAAGCUCUGAGGUAUGGUGGAGCGUCUGUUGUGAAGCACGUUCUAGAGAGCGCGAGCUGGGUGAAUGGUCUAGCCCAGGAAUUCAGGGAGAGCCUGAAGGAUCGCGCACUCUUGCAGAGGCAGCGAGACCAGCUGCAGAAGGAGAAGGAAGUGUUGGAGAAGAAAAAUAAGGAGUUGCAAGAGUCUCUGAACGAGGUGGUUCCAACUGUUUCACAGUUGGAGCAGGAGAGGUCUUCCCUGAGCACCAAGCUCGCUUUUGAGGAGAGCAAACGAAGGAUUGCUGAAAGCGAGCGUGAGGCUCAGGCGCAAGAAAUGAAGCUGAUGACGGAGGCAUUCAAGGAGCUGAAGGGGAACAUGUGGAAGUUGGUGCAUAACGGGAUGAAGGAGCACAUCAGCAACUUCAUCAGUUCCAGCUCGUUUGAUAGCAUCGUCAACCUGUACCGGUUGCCCACUGCCAUCAUUGCCUUCACAGAUUGCAGAAAGAAGGUGAAGGCUGAAUAUCCCGAAGUGGAUGUGAUGAAGAUCACCUUCGGCGAGCAAGAAGAAGGAGUGGAGGAGGAUGGCGAGAGCAUGUCAGCAGACUUCUGUCCUCAGAUUAAGCUGAGGUGGGAGAAUGAUGCAGACGGUCUUGCUGUUUUUCCUCCACAGUUCGACUUCGAGUUCGUUGCAGUGGAGGAAGAAGGGGCAGAGGUAGAGGAGGGCGAGAUGGAGGCAGGAGUGGAGGGAGCUAAAGUGGGUGAGGUGCAACCAGCUCCAGAAGUGGAGAUUCAUCCAGUUCUUUCUGACGAUGAGCAGCCUCCUCUGCCAGACGAGCAGCAGCCAACACAGCCACCUCCUCCAGCUGAGUAGGAGCUAAUGCAGUCACCUCUCCAGCAGAGAACUUUUGUUUUUUCAUUUUUGUAGAAUAUUGAAACAAUUUGUAAUUCUUCCUUAAAUGAAAAUUCAUUUUUAAAAUCAUGUGUUUGUUUGUGUUUGAUUUACAUUUUUGUUAUUAUUUUUUAUUAAUAAAAGACCUGAGAUUUA